AUGGUGUCUUCUGGAAGACAGAACCUGGGUAUGGCCUUGGCCUUCACCGGCUUCCUAGGGAGCAUCGUCACCUGCGCUCUCCCCACGUGGAAAGUAACGGCGUUCAUUGGCGCCAACAUCGUCACUUCCCAGGUGAUCUGGGAAGGAUUGUGGAUGAGCUGUGUGACGCAGAGCACAGGCCAGAUGCGGUGCAAGGUCUAUGACUCUCUCCUGGCCUUGCCCCGAGACCUGCAGGCCGCCAGAGCACUGGUCGUCCUCGCCAUCAUCACCGGGGUCUUUGGGAUCGGGGGCAAGUGCACCAACUUUGUGUCGGAGAAAAGGAGAAAGGGCAAAGUGGCCAUCGCUGCCGGGAUCCUCUUCAUCGUCGCUGGGGUCCUGGUGCUCAUCCCCGUCAGUUGGACCGGGCACAACGUCGUUCGGGAUUUCUACAACCCCGUCCUCAUCGACGCUCAGAGGAGGGAGCUGGGGGCCACCAUGGCGUCCACGGGGAUGCAGAUGCUGGCCGCCGCCCUCUGCCUCCUGGGUUGGGCGGGGGUCAUCCUCAGCUGCCUGCUGCCCAUGUGGAGGGUCACCGCCUUCGUGGGCAGCACCAUAGUCACCUCCCAGACCAUCUGGGAGGGCAUCUGGAUGACCUGUGUGGUCCAGAGCACGGGCCAGAUGUCGUGCAAGCCGUACGACUCCCUCCUGGCUCUCAGCGCUGACCUGCAAGCCGCCAGGGCGCUCACCGUCAUCGCCAUCGUCACAGGCGGCGCGGGCCUCAUACUGGCCUUCAUUGGUGGGAAGUGCACUCGCUUCUUGGAUGAAGAAGAUGGCGGCAUUAAGGGCAAGGUGGCCUUGGCGGCAGGGGGAGUGCUGAUCGCCACGGGGCUUCUGUGUUUGAUUCCCACGUCUUGGGUGGCCGGGGCCGUGGUGAGGAAGUUCUACAGCGCCGCCAAUGAUGCUCAGCGGCGGGAGAUCGGAGCCUGUCUCUACAUCGGCUGGGGGGCGUCCAUCCUGCUCAUUCUGGGAGGGGGUUUGUUCAUCAGCUCAACGUGCCCCCUCAAACCCAGUGACACAGACAAGAGCCCCUCAGUCCGCUACCUGGUGGUCCGCUCCUCCAACGGGUCCGGCAAGUCGGGUCCUCAGCCCAGCAGGGUGCCGUCGGCGAAGGCCCAGCCCGUCGCUGCGGCGUUUCCUCGCUCCCAAAGCUACGAUGGGACGUCCACAAAGUCUCAGCUGCACAAGAGGCCUCCCUGGGAAGACGGGCCUGAGCCUGGCUCCAGGCACGAGUCCGAGAAAUCCUGGGCGCCAUCGACCAAAUCUCAGAUGAAGAGGCCGGAGUCGACCAAGUCUGAAGCGAGCGAGGCGCUGUCGACCAAGUCUCAGCUGAAACGAGCCGAACUGGACGAGACUUUAUCGGAAAAGAGUGAAAAUCCGGAUGAAUCCUCCAAUCCAGCUAGAACAUACCUAUAA